UAAAUAUAAUUCCUCGAACCAACCAACCCAAAUCUUCUCUCUCUCUCUCUAGAACGAAGAGGGUUUUUUUCUCCUCUCUCUCUUUUUCAGGCAAGAUUUGCACAUAUAUCAUCUCAAGAUUCUGCUUUUAGUUUAAUAUACCUAUACAUAUAACCCUAUUUAUCCAUCAAAUCUGUCAAAUCAAUUGUAUCAAAGUUCAAAGAGAAGGAGCCAAUCAUCAAAAUCCAUUACUUAAAGAAGCUAAUUCCGAGGAUGUCUUCAUCUUCCUCUUCUUCCUCUUCCUCUGACCAACCUCUCCAUGAACAUCUCUGCUAUGUUCAUUGCAACAUCUGCGACACUGUUCUCGCUGUGAGUGUUCCUAGCACAAGCUUGUCCAAGACCGUAACGGUUCGAUGUGGCCACUGCACCACUCUUUUGCCGGUCCACAUGCCUUUGCUCUUCCCAUCACUCGGUCAAUUCCACAGCUUUGUUCAUAACCAAAAUCCCACGGGCGAGAUCCAGAACCCGAGCACGAACCAUACGAUUAAUGAAUCGAGUGGAAACCACUUGUUCGCCACUUCACCUCCAUGUCCUCGCGGAAUGACUAAGGAGCUUCCACGGUCUCAUCAAGUUAUCAAGAGACCUCAGGCGAAGAGACAAAGAGUCCCCUCGGCUUACAACCGUUUCAUCAAGGAAGAGAUCCAACGGAUAAAGGCAGAGAAUCCCAAUAUCACGCACAGGGAAGCCUUCAGUGCUGCUGCAAAAAACUGGGCCCACUUCCCACAUAUUCAGUUUGGUCUUGCGCCUGAUCAGUUAGCUCGACGAUCUAGCAUACGCCACCAGGAAGGAGAGGAUCCAGUGAUGAAGGAUGUGUUAUUGGCAUCGGCCAAUGUUGGAAUGGCUCCUGCUAUCAAUUACUCCAUUACUUACAAUUAGCAUUAAUUAGUAACUCUAGACACUUAUGUAAAAUGGUCAAGAACUAAAACAUAUGUUUAAUUAUUGGUAUAGUCAGCCAUGUUUGAACCUUUU